CCCUUCAUGAACGUCGCCUUGCCCAUCUCGCUCGUAAAACCCUACGCGAAGAACCCUAAAAAUGCCCACUGCCCUAACUACCGGGCUUUGUUGCCCAUUUGGUGCCUUUUAAUUUUCUUGUGUGUGCGUUUUUUUCUCUUUGGGGGCUUAUGUAGGGCGCGGCGGGCCGUCCUCGAUCGCCUGGGAUCGAUCACCAUGGAUCAGAUGAAGAAGAAGCUGAUGCCGCUCAUCAACAUGCGGCCAGACAUGUCGAUUGAUGCCUCGGCGUCCUACAAGGUCACGGAUGGAGGGACCUUGAAUCUUCUGAGCAGAUCUUGUGGCGAGUAUAAUAUCAAUCAGCUGGGCCUCCAGAAGAAGAGCUCUGCCGGUGGAGACGACAAAGACGACAAGGAGAGAACUUAUCAAUGCGCGUCCAAUGAAAUGUGCGUUUUUGGAGCAAUUGGAUGGGGAGCUAGCAGCGUCGUUCGCAAGGCUAUUCAUAUUCCAACGCAUCGGAUUCUCGCCCUCAAGAAGAUCAACGUCUUUGAGAAGGAAAAACGUCAACAGUUGCUAAACGAGAUUCGGACACUGUGCGAAGCGCCCAUGGCGAAAGGCCUUGUAGAGUUUUACGGGGCGUUUUAUUCGCCUGAUAGCGGACAGAUUAGCAUAGCGUUGGAGUACAUGGAUGGCGGAUCACUUGCGGAUAUCGUGCGAAACAAGAAGUUCAUUCCUGAGCCGAUUCUGUCGGUCAUCACACGAAAAGUUUUACAGGGCUUGCAGUUUCUUCACGGAGUAAGACAUCUAGUUCACCGAGACAUUAAACCUGCAAACCUUCUAAUCAAUCUGAUAGGUGAGCCGAAAAUCACAGAUUUUGGGAUCAGUGCUGGCCUUGACAACUCCAUUGCCAUGUGUGCCACGUUUGUCGGCACGGUGACUUACAUGUCUCCAGAGAGAAUCAACAACGAGUGCUACUCGUACCCGGCGGAUAUCUGGAGUCUGGGACUUGCGUUGCUGGAGUGUGGUACUGGAGAGUUCCCUUACAACGCAAGCAAGGGCCCUGUGAAUCUGAUGCUUCAAGUAAUGUAUGAUCCGUCUCCAGCCCCGCCUGCGGACAGAUUCUCCUGCGAGUUUCGGUCGUUUGUGGAAGCAUGCCUACGAAAAGAUGCCGAUACAAGGCCAACAGCAGAACAGCUUUUACAACACCCAUUUAUUAAGAAGUACGAGAACGCAGAUGUUGACUUGGCUGGUUUUGUGCACAGUGUCUUCGAUCCAACUGAGCGGUUGAAAGACCUGUCUGAUAUGCUUACGGUCCAUUACUACAUGCUGUUUGACGGUCCUGACUCGCUAUGGCAUCACAUGAAGACUUUCUACCGCCAAAACUCGACUUUCUCGUUCGCGAACCAAACCGUCUGCGGUUUGGACCAAGUGUUCACGACACUGACGGACAUCCGCAACAUGCUGGCCGGGGAGCGAGCCGAGGAGAGGCUCGUCCACGUCGUGGAGAACUUGCAGUGCUGCGCGUACUCCAAGCGGGGCAUUGUGAUCCGGGUGUCCGGGGCCUUCGUGCUGGGGAGCCACUUCAUUCCGACCAGCGACGGCAUCCAAGUGGAAGGACUCCUGGCCAGUCCGUCCUUGGACGUCCAGAGGCGCCAGAUGGGAACGUUUAGCGAGCAGUUUGUGAUGGAGCCGGCCGAGCAGCAAGGCUCCUUUUUCAUCUCCAAGCAGGAGCUCUACAUCCAGCAAUAGUGAAGAAACUAUGGCUGCUACUACAAGCGCUACACAGGCGGGACAGGAAAACAAGCGCGAUCAAAUGAGCUCCAAUUCAAUCAGCCACAGGGCAUCUCACAGAUUUGGGAAGAAGUUCUUAGCGAGAAGCCACAGAGACGACGGUGACGAAGAGGUUUCUUUCAAGUUAUGGCAACGCGAUAGGAAGGAAAUAAUGCCGAGUUUUUUUUUUCUGUAAACUAUGUUGUAAAGUAUGGUGGAAUUUGUUUAUAUCUUAAACUUUGGAUUCUACUUAAUAUAAACUAAAGUAGUUGUUAGGGUUUU